UUAAGUCCAUGACAAUGGCCCUCCAAAGAUAUCUCUCAUUCAUUAUGAUCAUGAUUUAUUUUGUUGCUUGUUAUAGUACUAAUUUGCAAGAGGACCCACUUAGUUCAAUUGUUGUGAAUUCGCCUUAUAUAAAUGAUGGUGGAAUAUUCAAGGAUUUUCUCAUGCAAAGUACAGAUCAUGUUUUGAGCUUAAAGAGCAAGUUGGGUGACACUUCUCCUUCAUCGAUGAAAACCUUUAAUGUUGAUCAGUAUGGAGCUCAAGGAGAUGGUAAAACUGAUGACACAAAGGCAUUCAAGAAGGUUUGGCAAGUAGCAUGUUCUUCUAAGGGAUCAGUUGUUGUGUUGGCUCAAAAGAAUUAUCUAGUUAAGCCAAUCACAUUUUCCGGCCCUUGCAAAUCCAAGAGUAUCGUAGUUCAGAUCUCUGGAAGCCUUGUAGCAUCAGAUAACCCAUCUGAUUAUAAACAAGACCCCACACAUUGGCUUAUGUUUGAUAGUGUUCAGAAACUAUCUGUUAAAGGUGGUGGAACCAUUCAUGGAAAUGGAAAUAUUUGGUGGCAGAACUCAUGCAAAACCAACAAAAAACUCCCUUGCAAGGAAGCCCCUACGGCGUUAACUUUGUACAAGUGCAAUAACUUGGUAGUUGAGGAUUUGAAUGUAAAAAAUGGGCAACAAAUUCAUGUUCAAUUCCAAAAUUCUGCCAAUGUUAGAGUUUCGGGUCUCACUGUUACAGCACCAGAGGACAGUCCAAACACUGAUGGAAUUCAUGUCACCAACACUCAAAACAUCCAAAUCUCAAACUCUAUUAUAGGAACUGGGGAUGAUUGUAUAUCAAUUGUAAAUGGCACCAAGAAUCUUAAAGCUACAGACAUAACCUGCGGACCAGGCCAUGGUAUCAGCAUUGGAAGCUUAGGGGAAGGGGGCUCCAAGGAAUUUGUUUCAGGAAUAACUGUGAAUGGAGCUAAAUUAUCUAGAACUACUAAUGGAGUAAGAAUUAAGACAUGGCAGGGUGGGUCAGGAAGUGCAAGCAACAUUAAAUUUCAGAACAUUCAAAUGGAAAAUGUAACUAACCCCAUAAUAAUAGAUCAGAACUACUGUGAUCAACAGAGUCCAUGCCAAAAACAGAAAUCUGCGGUUCAGAUAAGGAAUGUAUUGUACCAGAACAUAAAAGGUACAAGUGCUUCUGAUGUAGCUAUGCAAUUUAAUUGUAGCCAGAACUUUCCAUGUCAAGGGAUACUAUUGCAGAACAUAGGCCUUGAACUUGAAGGUGGAGGAGAGGCUAAGGCUUCAUGCAACAAUGUGAAAUUGUCAUACAGAGGAAAUGUUAGUCCAAGCUGCAAUUACAUCGAGGAAAUGCAUGAACUUGGUGGCUUUGGAAAGACUCAUAGUAUGAAUUAAUAGGAUAUAUAUAAGACAUGUUUAUUUGCUUUGUAUAUGUUACUUAGCCAAUAAAGCUAAUAGGUUUGUAACGAAUAAUGUUAUUUCUUUAGAUUUGCAAUAGGUGACAUUGUUUC